CUUGUUCAAGCAUUUCCUUGCGAUUGCCAGUCGGUAUUAGACGACUGGUUUAAACGAGAGAGAGAAAAUUCCUGGCCAGGCGUAGAUGUCCUGAAUGCAAUAAAGGAAACAGGUGCAUUUGUUGUAUCUGUUGGGCGGUCCGGUAGUAAUGAGAAGACCUUGCAAUGGAGAAUUUCGUUAACACUUGCCGAAAGAUCUCUGGUACGCUCAUUCAAUGACACGCAGGUAAAGGUGUAUGCUGCAUUGAAAAUGCUAGUAAAACAUGAACUGAAACCGAUCUGUGCAAAUAUCACUUCAUACAUAGUGAAAAAUGUGAUCUUCUGGGUGUUUGAAAAGAGAUCAGGCACUGUUCAGAGAAACGAAUUCGUUGAGAUAUUAUUGCUGACGCUGGUAUACUUGAAAGAUUGUAUAUGUUUUGGAUGUCUUCCGAAUUACAUGAUUCCGUCCAGGAAUUUGCUACGAGGAUUGUUAUCACAAGUGGAAGCACGUGCUUUGAGAGAGCAUCUCGAUAUUUUGAUUACAGAAGAUUCGAAUGUUCUACUUCGUUGCCCUUUGGUAUACAAAAUGGCUGAACUACUGGAGGAUGCUCUUAAGGAGAGAUUGUUAUUUAGCAAACUGUCGGAAGAGCUGUUUCUUGCAUUUUUCUCUGUUCCACCGCAUGAAUAUGACAAAAUUGAACAUUCAGUGCAGUUGGCACGGAACCCCGAUGAAUGCCUUCAGAAGUACUUCAAGCUUGUGUUACCAAUAAUACGAGAGCCAAAUCCUUUCGGUACAUUCCCUCUUUUGAAAACAAUGGCGGAUGAGGAAAUCCAAAGCCGGCUGUUUGAAGGAUUCAGUCGUGGCUAUGAUAACAUGUGGAUGGAAUAAGAACUAAAAUAAAUAGAUAAGACAGUUCAUAAAGUUAUGAAAACUUUGCAGACCUCAUCGAAAGAAUAAAAUUUUGUUGUUUACUUAUAUUCCAACAUUACAUUGUUGUUAUAUAUGUAAACAAAGUUCAUACAUAUGACAUAUUUCUAGUUAUACUGCGAUAUUGAAUGUUAGUGUGAGGAGUUAUUGUAACACAAAACCAAUAUUCUUCAGUUUACUCAUGAAAGGGAAGUGUGAAUAAGAGUAACCCAAUUGUGUGUUUUUUUAACAAUAGCGGGCGGACAUUUUUUUCUGAAGUAAUUGGUCCUCCAAAGCUAAUUGAAACAGUGCAUCUGUAAUGACAAUCAAACGAUUUCUAUGCGACUGCAUAUUCUCCUUAGGCAUUUCAGUAUUUUCAGAGGUAAAAAUGCUCAAGGCGCAUUUGAAUUUCCAUAAUUUAGGCAUUUCGGUAUUUUCAGAGGUAAAAUACAUGUAGCUCAAGGCGCAUUUGAAUUUCCGUAAUUUAGGCAUUUCGGUUUUUUCAGAGGUAAAAUAGCUCAAGGCGCAUUUAAAUUUCCGUAAUUUAGGCAUUUCGGUAUUUUCAUAGGUAAAAUAGCUCAAGGCGCAUUUAAAUUUCUGUAAAAAAGAUAUAAUGUUGAAAAUUCAUAAACCAACACAGUUUUGUCAAAACAUGUUUCGCUUUAAUAAGCUUCUUCAGUUGACAAUAACAUACAAAGAUACAAUGCCGAUAUGACAAGUGGAGAAUACGUAAUUUUUCGAUAGUAAUUAUAAUACGAGUUCAAUACCUGAAAAGACGUAGGAGAUACUAUUAGUUACACUGCUUGUUGGUGACAGGAUACGGGAUAUACGCUGUCGAGGAAAUCCAUAUCAGGCGAGAGCGAAUCUCGAGCCUGAUAUGGAUUUUCGAGACAGCGUAUAUCUCGUAUAGGAAAACUUACACUUCAACUUAAAAUAUAUAUUAAUAACAUAAAACAGUUACUGUAUAUACUCAUAGUAAUUGCAUAUUAUGCAUGCCAAAUUUUUAUUAAUAUCAUUAUUUCUUGUUUUUCUUUAUUAUUUAAAGAGGGAUGAAAUGUCUAAAUUUAAUCCAUAUUGCUUUUUGUUAUUUCGCUUUCGGACAAAAGGUGACAGAGUGUGGUCUUUGUUAUGAUUGAAAACGAUUUCUACAUUAUUAGAAAGAUCGACCAUUGGACUUUUCAACAUGCGAACACAGCGCAUUGGUAUAAAGUUCAGAAUUGAGUUUGGAGUUUUCCAAGCAUUCAUUACCU